AGAGCGCGCUGCGCCGCCACAGCCGCCGCCGACGCCGCCGCCGCCGGGAGCCCCGCGCGCCGCCCGCUCCCGGCCCGCCGCCCGCCGCCGCCCCGCCGCCCGCCCGCCCCGCCGCGGAGCCCCGGCCCGGCCCCGGGCCGCCGCCACCACGCCGCGCGCCGUACUCCGCGUCAAGAAUGGGGCGGCCAAGCUGCCCAAGCCGCCCGCCGCCGCCGCCGCGGCCGAGGCGCCCGGCGCGGGCGCGGGCAUGGAGCGCUCGCAGAGCCGCCUCAGCCUGUCCGCCUCCUUCGAGGCGCUCGCCAUCUACUUCCCGUGCAUGAACUCCUUCGACGACGAGGACGCGGGGGACAGCCGGAGACUGAAGGGGGCCAUCCAGAGGAGCACUGAGACGGGCCUGGCGGUGGAGAUGCCCAGCCGGACGCUGCGCCAGGCCAGCCACGAGUCCAUCGAGGACAGCAUGAACAGCUACGGCUCGGAGGGCAACCUCAACUACGGUGGCGUUUGCCUGGCAUCGGACGCACAGUUCAGCGACUUUCUGGGCAGCAUGGGGCCAGCACAGUUUGUGGGCCGCCAGACCCUGGCCACCACGCCGAUGGGGGACGUGGAGAUCGGCCUGCAGGAGCGGAAUGGACAGCUGGAAGUGGACAUCAUCCAGGCACGAGGACUGACAGCCAAGCCAGGCUCUAAGUCACUGCCAGCGGCCUACAUCAAGGCCUACCUGCUGGAGAAUGGCGUCUGCAUUGCCAAGAAGAAGACCAAAGUGGCUCGCAAGUCGCUGGACCCACUGUAUAACCAGGUGCUGCUGUUUCCUGAGAGUCCCCAGGGAAAAGUCUUGCAGGUGAUCGUGUGGGGGAACUACGGACGGAUGGAGCGCAAGCAGUUCAUGGGAGUGGCCCGCGUGCUGCUGGAGGAGCUGGACUUGACCACCCUGGCCGUGGGCUGGUACAAGCUCUUCCCCACCUCCUCCAUGGUGGACCCAGCCACGGGCCCCCUGCUCCGGCAGGCAUCCCAGUUGUCCCUCGAGAGCACCGUGGGGCCCUGUGGUGAGCGAUCUUAGUGCCAGGGAUGGGGAGGGGCUUCCCCAGAUGGCCUGGAGACCACCCAGCCCCGACCUGGGACCCCAGGCCCAGGGGCAUGUUGAACAGAGGAGGACGGGGUUCUCCCCCACCGCGGGGAAGCAGAACGGGGAGACCUGCCCCCCUUGGGCCCCUCCUCACCCCUUCUUUGCCUCCUACCCCCUGAGACCUUCCCUCUCCCAAUGGGAUUGGCUGCACUUUUGACUUGGCCGGUUCUUGACUGGUGGAUGUGGCUGCGAUCGGAGAAAGGAAAGACUGAGGUGGCAGAGCAAACCAUUCUCCCGUCCCGGACACCGUCCGACCUCGCCCCCUUUUUGCCUCCUCGGAAGCUCGCUGCCAGGAGCCAAGUCCAGAACCCAGCGGCCAUCUCCAUGGUGCCAAUUACCAGCAAGUGUCUUUCCUGUGGCACCGGGUUCAGGCAGCUACUCCUGCCCCAAAGCCAAGGGGGCAGCUCUGCAAGGAUCCGGAGCCAGCUCCGGGGGGGCCCAGAGCCCCCCACUUGAAGAGGAGCUCAGGCCUCCCUCCGCCUCCCGUGGAAGGAGUUUUGCCGCAGCCUGUCUGAGUCCAUCUGUCCGUCCCCUCUGCCCGCCCCUCUUCCAGUGGCUCUAGGAAUUGGGGUCCAGCAGGGACCAAAGGAAAGGAGGAGGUGCCCCGGGUCUGGUGCAGACCCUCAGGGUGUCUUGCUCCAUGGGACAACUAGUUUGGAAACACCUGGUGGACUGCAAAGAACUCUGUCUUCUGUGUUGGUGGAGGCGCUGCAGGACCCUGAUUUUCCAGAGCCCCAAGCUCAGAGAGCCACCAUCUCUGCAUUUUGGGGUGUGGGUUGGAGAGGGAGUCUGAGGAAAGCUGGGAGUGGAACUGGUGGUGCCAAGGUGAGGGUUUCCCAAAUAGGAGAAUCCCUCCUUAUUGCAUGAGGCCAAAGGUCAUCUCAUCUACACCCCCCUGGCUCCAGGCUAGGGGCCUGGGGAAGCAGCAGAGCUCCCCAAUUUUAGUCUUUUUAAAGAAACCAUCCUGUACUAAGGGCAGUGCUUCACUGCCCUGGCCUCAACGACCUUGGCUCCAGGACAGAUGAUGGUAGGAAAGAGGAGGUCUGAGUGUAAGAAGCAGGAGGCUCCUUCUCAAGCCGGCCCGGGUAGCUGCCCGCCCGGCCCAGCCCUCCCUGGGGCCUACGGAAGCCCUUUGCAUGCUGGGGAGGAUGCAGGCCGGCCCCUCUUUAUAGAAGCACAUUUCUGCCACUUCCCUGGGAGGCACCCAGCAGCCCACCACCCUCCUUAGCCAGUCCCUGCUGUGUAGGGCGUAGUCCAGGUUAGCGGGUAGUUAGUGUUCCAAACCCUGGGGUCUGUUCUUAGCUCACACGUAGUCCCUACAGAGUCCCAGGCGGGGGCGCAGAGGAGACACUAGUACAUUCCAGAGGGGAGUCUCCUUGCUGGCCUGGACCUGGAGCCUCUCAGCAGCCCCUCCUCCGCCCCUUCUUCCCCUCCCCCGUAGGGUUGUAGCUGGAGCUGCCCAUUAUACUCAAAUGUUCUGAUUUAUUAUCCUGGGUACUAAUUUUACUCCUGAAGCUCUCCUGAGGAUCGUGGGCCUUGGUGGAGGGGCCCGGGCUUCGCUGGGGGGAGGUGGGGUGUUGUCUCUCUAGGCUAUUGAGCAGGUGAUCCAUUUGGAACUCCUUCCCUCCCGUCCACGGCCGCCUGCCCGUUUAAGUCCUGGGUAUCCUUUCAAGCUCUGCUUGGGUCCUGUCACCUCCAUGAGCUCCUCACACUGCCCCGGGCAGGGGAGACGCGAGGCCCCUUUUAUCCGGGAGGUCUGCAGAGCAUCUCGAGAUGGUGGGUGGGAUCCCAGAGCUGGGGCAGGAGGGGCAGGGCCUGAGCGGCCCAGAACCCGCCCCUCCUCCGUUUGUUGUUUUUCCAGUGUGAUUUCUCUGCUGUUCGUUUAUUACUCACCAUUUGACUAUUUUGAGCCAGGAGAGCGCCUCCUCUCUCCAGUCAUCACUGCUCUGGCUGUUCAGGGUAGCUUUUCAAAGAUGGGGCAGAGCCUGGCUGUCCCAAGCAGAGGAAGAAGGGGGCUCGGCGCCCCCCCACCUGAGCCGACCCUCUGUGUCUGCGCUGGCUUUAUAAAACGAGGAGAGAGCGCUCCAAAGCAAUAACACCCUGGGGGUGGCAGCGAGCCCCCUCAUGACUUACUUGUUCGUUCUGUGAAAUCUCAG